UGAUGUUCUUUUACCAGUUUGUGCCAGAAAACAAACACUGAGCAGAGGACAUGGCGGACUGUUCAGGUGCCUACUCCAUCGUAUACACCCUCAGCGGUCUCCUCUCCUUCACCAUCCUGGUGUUCACAGUGCUGGGAGCCGUGUGUGUCAGAAACGGCUGUAUGAAGUCUGGUGAUCCUCCUUUCACCAAGUCAGACCUGAACCUUCUGCAGCUGAUCAAAGCAGGAAAGGAGGGCGUCUUCUACCAGGCCAGGAUGACCAGAGGGACGUGUAAGGGCCACAGCAUGUUCACCUGUAAGAUCAGCAAGGAAGGUGUCCGUCUCAAACACGUGGACAUGGAGGUUUCCAUCAUGAGAAAACUGAUGCACCACAAGAACAUCCUCCAGUUACUGGACUGGAACGCCACUGCAGAGCCCUACAUCCUGAUCAUGGAGUAUGUGAGCUACGGCACUCUGAGGACCUUCCUGCAGACCAACAGAGCCCACCUGAGUACUGACCCUGAGCUGCAGAGCCUCCUCACCAUUGCCUCGUACCACGUUGCUCUAGCCAUGCAGCACCUGCGCUCCAAGAUGAUUAUUCACUGUGACUUGGCUCUGAGGAACGUCAUGGUCAACAAGUUUCCCUGGGAGGUGAAAGUGGCCGAAUUUGGUCUCGCCCGAGACUUGACGCGAAUGGCGAGCCGUCGCAGCAGUCGCUGGAGAAACCCACGUCAACGUGUACCCCUGCGCUGGUACCCCCCAGAGUACUUCAAGAACAACUACUACAGCUACAAGGGGGACGUGUGGGCGUUUGGCAUCGUGCUGUGGGAGAUGCAGACAUUUGGUGAGUUGGAGGUUUGGGCUGCUCUCUGGAAAUCAUGA